AUGGAGGGAGGAUUUGCCAUUGUUUCUCAGCAAGUUUUACUAAUGAAACCCAGUUCACGCAUCGCACUAGAGAAGUGUCAGCUCAAGGCAACAGUCAGUAGCCUACCUAAUCUGCUAGACUCACAUGGGCAGCUGGUGGAAUAUGAAGAGCCUUCAAAGCUCUUGGAUACCAACUCCUACUUCUCCAAGCUUGUAGCUGAAUCUUGGUCAAGCGGCAAGAUAGAGAACCUGAUGCCCAAAAUGUCACCCAUCACAAAUCCAUCUAAAGAAAAGGAAACAGAUUUAAAUCAUUACUAA